AGAGCGAGAGAGAGUCUCGCUGAGUUAAAAAAAAGCUAGCUGAAAAACUACGAGCCCUAACCAGAGCCAAGCAGCUGAAAACGAAAAUGGAAGGUUGAGUUCCACACAUUUCGGGUAAAUUUGCCUCCUUUUCAUUUGUGUUUGCGUUUCAUUCUCAGCCCUGUUGUUAAUUUUAAGAAAUUUGGAGCUGAUAAUAGAGUAGGGUAGGAUUGGUAGAAGAAAUGGGGAUUGGGUCCAGAAGUAAGAAGAAGAAGAAGGUAGUAAAAAAGGGUGGGAUUGAUAGGAUCAGUACAUUGCCUGAUGAAAUAGUUCUUCACAUACUUGGAUUGAUGCCCACUUUAGAUUCUGUAAGGACCUCUGUUUUGUCUAAAAGAUGGAACAACAUGUGGAACUUGGUUCCCAAUCUGGACUUGGACGACCGUAGAGAUUUCCCUGAUGAGCAUGAUGAUGAUGAUUGUAAUCCUUUUGCGAGGUUUGUCUGCGCUGUACUAUAUGCUCGAAACAUAGACAUAGCAAAGUUCUCGCUGUCGGUUGUCAGACCCCCUUACUUUGCUAUUGAUUUAGCUGUCAUUGAUGACUGGUUUUGCGCUGUUGUUAGGCGUAAAGUUGUUGAAUUGGACUUUGAAUUUUGUAUGGGUGAGGAAUUUGUGUUUACGAUACCUCGGUGCUUAUUGAUGUGCAAGACAUUGAGGGUUUUGAAGCUAGCUGUGUGGGACUUCGACUUUCCUACUGAUCUUCCUGCAUCAGGCUGUUUUCCAAGUCUGAAAGUCCUCCAUGUUGCCUUGUCCGGUAAUAAUCUAUUUCAAAUGGAAAAUCUGUUCUCGUGCUGCUCUGUGCUUGAAGAUCUAAUUAUCGACGGAAAUGUGGACAUUGGGGACGCUGAUAUAGGUUACAAUUUCAAUGUUUCGGUGCCUCAAGUGAAGACACUGAACAUAAGUUUUCAUGUGUGGUUGGGGAGAAAAGGUUCUCGUGUAUUUGAAUAUGAUUCAGAGCAGUUUGAGACUCGUAUUAAUGUUUAUAUCGAUGCCCCAAAGCUUGAAAAACUUGAUCUUGGAAGGGAUGGUUUCACAAAUUAUGUUCUCAUGAGAGCCAAGUCCCUGGUUAAUGCCAGUAUAGAUGUCAAAGAUUCUAGAAGAGAACACCCCCCUCACUUUCCUUCUUGUGCUACUGCGCUUCUGGUUGCUGUUUCUAAUGUGAGAUAUCUGUCUCUUGUGGCUCCUUGGUCAAAGGAUUGGCUUCUCCCCGCUUUUGAUAAUUUGAAGCAACUGAAGUUAGUUCUUGUGCAUGGCAAAUACUGGGAACUGCUGCCUGAGUUUCUUUGCUCCGCCCCUAAUCUCGAAGAUUUGGUCUUAGAAAAUAAAAGCCAAGGUGAAAAACAAAAUGCGAGGUGUGAAUGGAGUCUGCCAAAGGAUGUUCCUACUUGCUUGUCAUCACACCUGAAGACCAUCUCCAUAAGUGGAUUCAGGGGACUGCAGGCUGAGAGGGAAAUAGCCAAGUAUCUCUUGAAGAAUGGUUCUUGUUUGGAUAAGAUGCUGAUUUACACAGACUGUGUGUUUGCGUUAAGAAAGUUUCACAAGGAGUUUUCAAUGUUUCAGAGGAAGGGCCGAGUGGAGUUCAUUCAGAUGUAACCAAGGAGUUCAAUCCAUCUCCUGGUCGCAGAAGAGUUGUACAGUUGAUGUAACAAACUUGCAGUCUGUUGGUGAAAGUUUUGGCACGCUUAGUACUGUUUGAAACUAUUGUAAGCUUGUGCCGUAUGAUUUGUAGUGGUAGACACCCUUGUUUUUCAAUUUAAUCGGUUACUUUUCAAC